UCAAACAAACAUUUCACAGUUGAUAGACGUUGCUUGUGUAGUCAAAUAUUGGGCAUCAUUAUAAUUAUUAUGUCUGAUUCCCGUUUCAUCCCUACAGAACCUGAGCAACCAAAGCCAUUCCAACUGAACAUAAAUGAUAGCAAUGAUCCCAGCUAUAGCAGAUUGACACUUCCAUACCGAGUGAUAUGCCGCCAAAGGUACCGGAGAGCGGGGGUGCAGCAACGGUCGCAAUUCAUCAAGGAGAUCAAGGACCACGAGCUGCUGCAAACCAAGGCGCUGGACGGCGUGAGGAUACACAGGGAGUUCUGUAAUGCGGUCAUCGCUCCUCCAAGAGCCGAAGAGAUCAUCAGGCUGACGGAGAAGCAGAAGAUGAAGAUCGAGGAGAUCCUGGCGAGGAAGUACUGA